GGCUCUUGUAAAAACGCAGUCGACCGUCUUUGCUAGGGGAACGAAACUAGUACUAGCCACUGUCGUUCACAAGGAAGGAGUUAUCUGUAGAGUAAGUAUGCUAAUACUGAAUAAGACAGCAGGAGUUUUUUCUAAACCAUCAAGAAGGAAACCUUAUGAAUUUUUAAGAAGUUUUAAUUUUUAUCCUGGAAAACUGUUUCUUCAUAAACUAGUAUUGGGAAUUGAAACCAGUUGUGAUGAUACAGCAGCUGCCGUGGUGGAUGAAACUGGAAAUGUUUUGGGAGAAGCAAUACACUCCCAAACUGAAGUUCAUUUAAAAACAGGUGGGAUUGUUCCUCCAGUAGCUCAGCAACUUCACAGAGAAAAUAUUCAACGAAUAGUGCAAGAAGCUGUCUCUGCCAGUAAAGUCUCUCCAAGUGAACUCUCAGCAAUUGCAACUACUGUAAAACCAGGACUUGCUUUAAGCUUGGGAGUAGGCUUAUCAUUUAGCUUACAACUAGUACACCAGUUAAAAAAACCUUUCAUUCCCAUUCAUCAUAUGGAGGCUCAUGCACUUACUAUUAGGUUGUUAAAUAAAGUAGAAUUUCCCUUUUUAGUUCUUUUGAUUUCCGGAGGUCAUUGUCUAUUGGCAUUAGUUAGAGGAGUUUCAGAUUUUCUGCUUCUGGGAAAGUCUUUGGACAUAGCACCAGGUGACAUGCUUGACAAGGUAGCAAGAAGACUGUCUUUGAUAAAACAUCCAGAGUGCUCCACCAUGAGUGGUGGGAAGGCUAUAGAACACUUGGCCAAACAAGGAAAUAAACUGCAUUUUGAUAUCAAACCUCCCAUGCAACGAGCUAAAAAUUGUGAUUUUUCUUUCUCUGGACUUCAGCAUGUUACUGAUAAGAUAAUAAUGCAAAAGGAAAAAGAGGAAGGGAUCCAGAAGGGGCAAAUCCUGUCUUCAGCUGCACACAUUGCUGCUGCGGUACAGCACACCAUAGCAUGCCACAUUGCAAAAAGAACUCACGGUGCCAUUCUGUUUUGCAAGCAGAGACACUUGUUAUCUCAAAGUAAUGCAGUACUGGUUGUAUCUGGAGGCGUUGCAAGUAACUUAUACAUCCGAAAAGCUCUGGAAAUUGUAACAAGUGCAACAAAGUGCACUUUGCUGUGUCCUCCUCCCAGACUGUGCACUGACAAUGGCAUUAUGAUUGCAUGGAAUGGUAUUGAAAGAUUGCGUGCUGGCGUGGGCGUUUUACACAACACAGAAGGCAUCCGCUAUGAACCCAAAUGUCCUCUUGGAGUAGAUAUAUCAGAAGAAGUUGGAGAAGCUGCCAUAAAAGUACCACGGUUAAAGAUGGAGAUUUGAUUUUUGCUUUUCAAAAAAUCCCUAAAG